GGGUCACGCUGGUGUGACGGGAAGACGGUGGAUCUAUGGUCUGAUUGCAGGCCCUUUGCAGUAUUUUUUUUCUAAGGAUUCCAUGCAAUACGACAAUGUUACUUCGGGAGCAGCCAUGACGAUUCAAAAGUCUCACGAUGUCUUAUCCUAUAGUCGGAAACAAGAGGGAAACCACAGUCGUUCUUUGCUAUUCUCCAGUCGCUUAGAGGCUUGCCUGAGCCUGAAUAACCUCACCCGUUCUUUAGCUCAAUUUUGACCCUAAAGAUCCAGUCGUUACUGGAUUGAUUACAAUAUGUUCGCUUCGAAGUUAUCUGCUAUUGCGCUGUCGUUGUUGUGUAGCACGGCGGUUGCGUCCCCCUUUUCUCAUUCAGUGAAUCUAUUCCCCCGAGCAGCAUGCUCAGGAAACACCGCAACGACUAGAAGCGAAUGGUGUGAUUUUUCCAUCGACACAGACUAUACCACUGAGGUGCCCGAUACUGGAGUGACCAGGGAGUAUUGGCUUGAGUUAACCGACGUGACCGUCGCCCCGGAUGGAGUUUCUCGUACAGCGAUGGCCAUAAACGGUACCAUCCCAGGACCUACUAUCAUUGCGGACUGGGGUGACACAGUAGUUGUCCAUGUUACCAACUCAUUGACAACGUCAAACAAUGGCACAUCAAUUCACUUUCACGGUAUUCGCCAGAACUUCACCAACGAGAAUGAUGGAGUUGCUUCCAUUACACAGUGCCCUCAACAACCUGGAGAAACGAAGACAUACACAUGGAAAGCAGAACAGUACGGGUCGAGUUGGUAUCACUCGCACUUCGCACUUCAAGCUUGGGAGGGCAUAGCUGGAGGUAUGAUUAUCAACGGCCCAGCUACUGCGAACUAUGACGAGGACCUUGGAACAUUGUUCCUCUCGGACUGGGACCACUUGACGGUGGAUGAACUAUGGGAAAGUGCCCAAACAACUGGUCCUCCGACCCUAGACAAUGGACUCAUUAAUGGUACCAAUGUGUACAAUGAUACUGGUUCAAGGUUCCAAGUAUCCUUCAAUUCCGGAACCUCCUAUCGGUUGAGACUCGUUAACGGAGCUAUCGAUACCUUCUUUAAGUUUUCUAUCGACAACCAUACGAUGCAAGUCAUUGCAGCUGACUUUAUACCGGUCCAACCCUAUACUACAAACAUAGUUGAUAUUGCUAUUGGACAACGUCUCGAUGUCAUCGUUACAGCUGAUCAAGCUUCCGUUGCAGACAACUUUUGGAUGCGAGCUAUUCCUCAAUCCGCCUGCUCUGAAAAUGAAAAUGCGGAUAAUAUUCGUGGCAUCGUGUCUUAUACUGAUACCGUGUCGGAGCCGACAACGACGGGCUACGAUUACACCGAUUCCUGCACAGACGAGACCUCAAACUUAGUCCCAUAUAUCAGCAAGACUGUGGGAAACGGUGACUUCUCCACUAGUGAAGAAGCCGGCAUCGCGAUUACGGACGCUGGCCUCUUUAAGUGGACUUUGAACAGCACGUCUUUCCUAGUCGAUUGGGCAAAUCCUACUCUUUUACAAGUUAUUGAUGAGGUGACCGAAUUUGAAACCGAUGACUCCGUCAUCCAAGUAUCCGCCGCGAACGAGUGGGUAUACCUAGUCGUCGAUACUGAACUUGCUGCCCCUCACCCAAUCCAUCUCCACGGUCACGAUUUCUUCGUUCUCGCGCAAGGCACCGGCACAUACUCCAGCGAUGUUACCCUCAACUUGGACAACCCUCCUCGCCGAGACACCGCAGUGAUGCCUGCCAGCGGAUAUCUCGUUCUUGCCUUUGAAACGGAUAACCCUGGAGUUUGGCUUAUGCAUUGUCACAUUGGCUGGCAUACUAGUGAAGGGUUCGCGUUGCAGUUUAUAGAGAGGUACGACGAGAUUGCAGGUAUAACUGAUGCGGAUACUCUAACAGACACCUGCUCGUCAUGGUCAUCAUUCCAGAGUGACAAGGGCAUCGGACAAGAAGAUUCUGGGGUCUAAGGCUAAAGCUGAGAACAAUCGGGGUGUAGGGAGCGACGAAACCCACCACACUCUUUUAAAAGAAACCACACAUUCAUUCAGCGCAUGCCCGUGUAUAUAAUUAGCCGUCAUGUUUUCCUUUUGCGUGUAUCAACAAACCUAACAGCAGUAUUGGCAUCGAAUUUGCCUAUAAGGCAUACAUACUAUAUAAAAUACCA